AUGCGUCUUUCAAAGGCACUCGCUGCGGUGACGCCACUGCUCGUGACGGUCACAGGCUCGGCAAUACCAUCUCUCGAGACGCGCCAGACGGGAUGGCCAGCUUGUCAGCAGACACUCAGCUGCACCUUCGACCAGAUCCAGUCUUCCACUAUGCAAGAACGCUUGACGUACGUGCAGUAUAUGGAGAGUAACUGGUUUGGUCCUUUGAACUCUGCCGACCAAUUCGGCGCCAUUGAGGGUGUCAUCACCUUCUUCAUUAGCAAGAAUCUCGGAGCUCCGAAUAGCUGGAUCAGCUAUGUCGACACGGGCAUAAUUGAAGCAAUCCAGCGCGGUGGUGCGAUGGCCCUGGGUCUCAGCACAGACACUGGCGGGAAUCCUGGCACGACAUUGUGGAGGGACUUCUUCAUUGCGAUGCGAGAUGGCACAUUCGCCACAAGACAGGACCACGACUACGCUUGGGGUGAGGCGGAAGCCACUGCUACUGAGUGGUCAAAAGCCGACAAGGCCGACGUGUUGGCGGACGCACCCGCAACCCAGCAAGAAUUGAACUGGUACGAAUUUACGGUUCUGUUCAGAUGGAUUCUGCGAAACGAGCCCGAGACCAUCCUUCUCCUGACACCGAUAUUCCUGUUUGAGGCCGACAACUUCGUGUAUUGGCUCACGGAUGUGACGAGGUCGGAGCCCACGAUCUGCGGAUCGCAGGCCGCCUGGGCGAUAUCGGGGACGUUCAGCUUCACGCUGGAUAGUAUUGUUGAGUUCCCUGAGAACGUCGUCGAUCUAUUGACCGCGAUUUAUGCCUGUGGCAGCGACUUUUUUGAGAAUUCUUGA